GUUCCGGUAAACCCCGGCGGCCCCGCCAGCCCGCUGACUGUGUCUGCCCUGCCGCGCUCUCCUAGACUGCAUCCCGAAGGCCGGCGUCUCAAGAGAUGGCUGCGCAAUGUGUCACGAAGGUGGAGCUGAAUAUUUCUUGUAACAACCUUCUGGAUUUUGAUGUAACAUCAAAGUCGGACCCUCUGUGUGUGUUGUUUCUGAACACGAGUGGUCAACAGUGGUAUGAGGUUGACCGCACUGAAAGGAUUAAGAACUGUUUGAAUCCCCAAUUUUCUAAGACAUUCAUCAUUGAUUACUACUUUGAAGUAGUUCAGAAAUUGAAAUUUGGGAUUUAUGACAUUGACAACAAGACUAUUGAGCUGAGUGAUGAUGACUUCUUAGGAGAAUGUGAAUGUACCCUUGGACAAAUCGUUUCCAGUAAGAAGCUCACUCGACCACUCAUGCUUAAAAAUGGCAAACCUGCUGGGAAAGGGAGCAUUACGGUUUCAGCAGAAGAAAUAAAGGAUAAUAGAGUUGUCUUGUUUGAAAUGGAAGCUAGAAAACUGGAUAAUAAGGAUCUGUUUGGAAAGUCAGAUCCCUAUCUGGAGUUUCAUAAGCAAACAUCUGAUGGAAACUGGCUAAUGGUUCAUCGAACAGAGAUUGAAUAUGAAUGCAUAAAUGAAAAAAAGAAGCAAAAGAAAAAAAGCUAUAAGAAUUCAGGUGUUAUCAUUGUGAAACACUGUGAGAUUACAGUGGAAUGCACAUUCCUCGACUAUAUCAUGGGAGGAUGUCAACUGAAUUUUACUGUGGGAGUGGAUUUCACUGGCUCCAAUGGUGACCCCAGGUCUCCAGACUCCCUUCAUUACAUCAGUCCCAACGGCGUUAAUGAGUAUCUGACUGCCAUCUGGUCUGUGGGACUGGUUAUUCAAGAUUAUGAUGCUGAUAAGUUGUUUCCAGCUUUUGGUUUUGGAGCUCAGCUACCUCCUCAGUGGCAGGUAUCUCAUGAGUUUCCAAUGAACUUUAAUCCAUCUAAUCCCUACUGUAAUGGAAUCCAAGGCAUUGUAGAGGCAUACCGGGCCUGUCUUCCUCAAAUAAAGCUCUAUGGACCAACUAACUUUUCUCCAAUCAUAAAUCAUGUUGCCAGGUUUGCAACUGCAGCCACACAACAGCAGACUGCUUCUCAAUAUUUUGUACUCUUGAUCAUCACUGAUGGUGUGAUCACGGACCUUGAUGAAACCAGACAAGCUAUUGUUAAUGCUGCCAAGCUCCCCAUGUCCAUCAUCAUUGUUGGAGUUGGAGGAGCUGACUUCAGUGCCAUGGAGUUUCUGGAUGGCGACGGGGGAAGUCUCCGCUCCCCAUGGGGCGAGGUGGCCAUCAGGGAUAUUGUCCAGUUUGUGCCUUUCCGACAGUUCCAGAAUGCUCCAAAAGAAGCACUUGCUCAGUGUGUGUUGGCGGAGAUUCCCCAGCAGGUGGUGGGCUACUUCAAUACAUACAAACUCCUUCCUCCCAGGAACCCAGCUACAAAAUAAAAAGAGCUGUUACCACUUCAACAGAAUUCUUAAGCUGCCAGGAACCAAUACCAUCUCUUACAUAAAAUCGUGUAUCUGUCAUUUUUUGUAUAUUUCAUGGCCUGCAUUUAUGAUGUAAACCUGGUACUUUAUGGCUUUUAUCUGUUUAAAGCACACUGUUUUGAGGAAGACAGUGCCAAGUCCAUCUUUGCCAGUCAAUCCAGUGAUUGCUAGUAAUUUACAGUAAUUGUAGCGAGGUUGUUUGGCUUAGAACCUAGUGCAGGGACAAUUGAAUUUUGUUUGCUUUUAUAUGAUGAAAAUGCCAUUUUUAAAUGUUUGUCAGAAAGAAUGAAAAAUUGUUGGGAUGAAGGACUUUGCAGAUUGCUGUAUUUGUAUGUGGUAGAUGUUUUACAAGCUAAUGCUCAUACUAUUGAUUGAGAAGGUUUGUUAGAGAAUAUUGAAUUUGUUCCCAUAGCUGUGCAUUCAGCCCUUUUCCUUGGAGUAAAAACUACCUUUUCUUGGCAUCUGAUUUUUGGUUUUGUGCAGUUUGAAUGCUGCGCAGUUAGAAAGCAUCUUGCACUCAAAUGGGAUUUGUUGAAAAGGAAAGAUAAUAACUCAGUUUUUUAAAUAUACAAUCAACAAGUAAAAAGAAUCUCAUGUAAGUAUGCAGUGGGUGUUUGCCUUUCUAGAUUUUUUAUUUUUGGGUGGCAUACUGUAAAGAUGGUCAGGAUUGGCCUUUCGUUUCAUUGGCUGAAUGUGAUACUCAGGAUUCUGCAGCUUCAUAGACUGUAGGUGCCUGAAUUGUCUCAGAUUCUGCCUUCUUUGUUUAUUUUGAUUGAGGUUCAAU